UUAAUCUCUAAAUUAGCGUCCUAGGUUUCAAGAUGGACGACUGCAACUUGGAUAAACUAGUUAUAAAGCCCGGAAAUUUGUCACCUGCGUUUCAUAAAGACGCAACAGAAUAUAAUGUGACCUUAGCGAGCAAUGUGGAGAAAAUUCAUGUCGACCCUUUCACCAGUGAUACAGGUGCAUCAUAUUGCAUUUCUGGAAGUGAUGGAGGCAAGGAUGUUCCUCUUAAAGAAGGUCAAAUCACUGAUAUUAAGAUAGAAGUCACUUCUGAAGAUUGUACCAUAAAGAAUUAUUUUAUACAUGCCAAAAGAUUAUCUGCAAAAGAUGCUACUUUGAGUGAUCUAAAGUUAUCAGAUGGAGACUUAUCACCAGAAUUUUCUGACAAUGUAUUUGAAUAUUCUUGUUUAUUACCCUGCAAUUCAGACAAGGUGACAGUAACACCAAUUGCACCUGAUCCCAAAAAUGCAAUUCUUGUAUGUGGAGAAAAACCAGGGACAUCUACACCUCUCAAUGUAGGGGAGACAAAUCUCCAGAUAGAAGUUACAUCAGCUGAUGGCUCUAACAAACAGACUUACAGUUUAGAUAUUAUAAGGAAGCCACUUCCCAGAUAUGUCAAAAUAACAGAUGAUAAUUUAGCACAGCAAUAUGAAUGUCCAAUCUCACUGAGUCCAUUAUACAGACCUAUAACUAUCAAAGCAAAUGAUGAAAAACAUACAUAUUCAGCACCAAAUAUUGAUGCAUUUACUCGUACAUCUAAGAUUGACCCUCUUAGUGGAAUACCAUUGACUGGAGAAUGGAGAAUUGUGGAUUAUGAUCUGGAUAAGAAAAUGGCAAAUGCCCAGUCUUGCAUUCCUCUUACAUAUGGAGGAACUAGUGAAACAAAGAAAUAUUCAGAAUUAGGAAGUAUUAUCGAUAAAACUAAUGUUGCACCAAAAGCACUUGAUGUAAAAGACAAAUUCAAGGAUGUGAAUGCCCCUCUUACCCAUACUGUUCAGGUUCGUAAAUGGGAGAAACAAAUGCAGCAAUGUUUUGAUGACCUUGAAGAUCUGAAGAAAGGUGGUGAAGAGUUUAUACAGGAGUAUUAUAAAAGUUUACCUAAACCAGGUGAGUCUAAGCAGUAUGAAGAUGGAUGUACUCCACUAGAUUAUCUACAAAGAGCUUCUCACUGCAUUGCAUCAGCUAUUAAGUUAAAACCUAAAGAUCCUAAUCUACAUUUACAGUUAGGAAAGAUAUUAGAAGAAAAAUACUACUGUGAAGAUUUAUUUGGUCAGAAAAAAGAGGAGCAUGAAGCUCUACCUUCGUUUAACCUUGACGCCAAGGAGAGUUCUAGGGAGGAGGAAUGUGCAGCUAUUUGUAAACUUAGAGGUGUUGACGCUUCAUCGGCACCGAUUGCUCUACAACUAAAAGCCAUUGAUCAGGAAUAUCAUCAUCUGAUAGAAAAUGGUCAGAGUGUCCAGGCUGAUCGUGUUAUGGGUUUAUUUGCUUGGAAAUCUAAGCAAGCAUCUCAGGAAGGGAUGGCAGCACAGAAGGCCACAGAUGAAGAGAAUCCCCUUGGGCAAGCUUAUCUGAAAUACAUGGAUGCAUUAGUAAUAGAUGAAGCAAAAGCAGUGUUUAACUUCCAUGUUGGUCGUCUCUUAGUGAUACAGGGUAAUUUUAGUGAAGCUGCCAAGAGAUUAGAGGUGACAUUGAAUUGGAAUCCUAAUUACCAAAUGGGAAGAUUUUAUUUGGGAUUAGCUUUAGCAUUACAAAAAGAAGGUCCAGAAGCAAGAGUUAAAGAAGCUGUUAGUUAUUUGUUGGAAGCCAUGGAAACUUUACUGACACAGAAUACUAAAUUUGCCAUGACAGAAAGGGACCCAAGGGAGAUAACUCCAGAAUUGCAUUCAGACAAUCUUGUCAGAUCUAAUAAUGUGCAUUUUCUAAGAGGCAUUGUACAACUGGGACGUCUCCUUACACAGAAUGCAGACAUUAAGGACCACAUCUCAGGAAAAGAUGUUCUUCAUACGGCAGCAUUACUGGCAGCUCAAGUCUUACCAAAUAUUGCCAAAGGUGAUGCCUAUAAACAGUUUGAAUGGGUAUUACUAGAAUCCCAUGCCACACUGUUAGAGAUUCUGAUGAAGAAUGGCGGGAAUGAGAAACUUAUCACUCAGAGAUGUCAGAGAUUGUCCUCUCUUAUAUUCCACUCUACACUACCAAUGAAUGAACAAUUAUUGACAUUACAAGAAAAGACCUGUCAGAAGUUAGUACAGAUACAGCCAUGUAAUGCACAUUCGCUUUAUUUGCUUGGCUUGUCACAAUUUGCUCAGUAUGAGAAUUGUCCUCCUGGGGAUAAAUCACAAGAAAUUCUCAAGGACUGUAAAUCUUCAUAUGAAUCUAGCAUUGAAUUGGAAGGCAAACCUGCAUCUGGAAAUGCUGUUGAAAACUUAGUGGGACAAACAUGGUGGCAAGAAAGACUUAAACAAGAGGAGGAAAAGAAGAAAGCAGUAGAGGCAUCUAAAGCUAAAGCAGCACCAACCCCUGCAGGCAAAGGAGCUCCAGCUAGAGGAGCACCAGCUGGGAGAGGUGCUCCAGCCAGGGGUGCACCGGCUGCUAGAGGGACUCCUGCAGCAAGAGGAAAAGGACCAGCCACUCCAGCUGCAAGAGGUGCUCCUGCAGGAAGAGGUGCAGCCCGGGGAACUCCAGCAAAAGCAGCUGCUCCUGCCAAAGCUCCUGCUGGUAAAACUGUUGGUAAGCCUGCUGCUGCUUGUCAUACACAACCUGCUAAACAAGAAAAGACAGAGGAAAAGAAACCAGAGCCACAGACACCACCUGCUGCCACACAGACGUCAGAUAGUAAGCCAUCCGUGGCAGCUCAUAUCAACAGAAAGACAUAUCUACCCCGUCUAGGUCUGGCAAGAGCUCACAGAUCUGCUGGUGAAAUAGAGGAAUCACAAAAAUACUACAAUGAAGUGAUUGUUAUGGCUCCAGAGAUUCAUGAUGCCUACAUUGAAUUGGCAGAGAUGUUAACAGUCAAGGACCCCCAGGCUGCUGUUGAUGUUUACUGCAAGUUUCCAUUGUCUGCUACCCCAACAUUUGAUGAUGCCUAUAUCAUAGGAGAUAUUGUUAGACUGUUGAUGAAAGGAGAGAAAUAUGAUGACCCUAGAUUACAGACUAAUAUGAUAGCUUAUGGAAGAGUUCUGGGUUUAGGUGUAUUAGAGAAGUAUGUAAAAAUUCUAGAAGAUAAAUUCAAGACAAAGAUAUUGAGAGAGGUUUAUGCUGGGGUCAAUGGGAAAUCUGUUGAAGACCCUGAUAUGCAAGCUUUCUUCAAAUUCAAAGUGUGGGUGUAGACAGAAGAUAAUGAUCUUUGAAUUGUAGCAAAAUAACAGGAUUUAGUUGUAAGAAUGCAUUUUAAGAUUCCCAUAAUCAGGGCACUCUGAAAUCUACUAGCCAGAAGAAUUUUUCCAAUGGUAAUUACCAAGAUAUUGUGAAGAGAAUAGACAAAAUAUUGAUACCAAAGCAAAGUUCUUGAAUGUGUUUCUAGUAAUUGCAAUUAUUGUCUUAUUUCUUGUCAGUCUCUUUUCAUUAUCAAUCAUUGUUUCAACACUUGUAAUAAUGGCAUGUGUGCAGAUCUUUAAUCUAAAUAGAAUAUUUUGUCUUCAUCUGGUUAAAAUAUUGUGUAUACAUCUGUCUGUCUUCUGUCAAAGGCUAUAGGAGUGUACAUGUAUUUUUGGUAUGAUAGAUUUUGUAAGGGUAUGCAUAUUAAAUUAUGUCAAUUCUGUGAUAAAAUUUUAAUUAGAUUUUGUUUUAUAUGUUUAAUAAGACAUUGUCAUAUAUUUACACUUAUUCCGUCCAAUUAUAUUAAUUUUGUUAUUUGCUUUUACAAAAAAAUGGCAUAACGUGAUAUUCAUAUCAUUCCAUUUAACUGAUGUAUACCUAACUGAUAUACUUCAUUAUAUUUGUGUCAAUUAUUAUGAAAUUGUUUUAGCUUUAUAUGUAUUGUUAUUUUAGACCAUUUAACGUCACCAUUUGAUGCUUUCCAGCAUAGCUAAACAUAUAAUAAAUAUAAAGUUUAUAGAGUAAGCAUAAUGGUGACUUGUGGUUUUAGAAACAUUUUUUUUUUAAUUUGGUUUCUAUUAUAUUAAUCAAUUAGAAGUCAAAAGUAAUAGUUUUAAAAAGUCAGUUGUUAAGUGUAUUCUUUGACUAAUACAAUGUUUAGAGUAAGUUAAAUUAAAUCUAUAUAUAUCCUUAAAAAUAAAAUUACUUCUUUAAUAAUGUUUCUAAAAUUUUCUGAUAUAAGGUGGUCACUUACUAUUGGUUUGGAUACCUUAACAACAUAUAUAUUUAAUUUAUAGUAUGACAUGCUACACUUUAGAGAGCCAUGUUAUAUGUAAAUUUGAUUGUGCUGAAAUUUUGAAAAAUGAAAAAAAAAAAUAUAAUUUUAUUCAUAUACGUAUUGUGAUACAUUGUUGGUUGAUUUGUGCCAAACAUUAUCAAGUAUUGUUGAAUGUUUAUUUUUUUAUGAUUGUUUUUUUAUUUAUUUAUUUUCAAUAUUGUAUGUGUCAGAUAUAUGAAAGUAUUGGUGCUUUAUAAUAUUUCUGCCUGUUUACCUGUUUAAUGGAGUAUCCAUAUUAUGCAAAAGAGUUACAUAAAUGAUGCACAGUACUUUAGAUCACAGAAAAAACUGACUCAUUCAAGAAACAAAAUUUCAGUUACAUUGGGUUGCUUGAAAUUGGAGGUUUUAUGUUUGUUUACUCUAGAUUAAUGUAACAUUAGAUUUUGAUGAAUGUUGUUUCAAUUUCAAUUUGAAAUUCAUGUCUAUAUGUUCUUGCAUUUGGUGAGUGUAAAACAUGACUUGGGUGUUUUCAAUAGAUUAAUUUUGUAAUGUUUUUAUUGUGUGUUUAAGAUUAGUUUAUUAAAACAAUUUGAAAAAAGGUUUCAAGAAAAUUGUCCAUACAUUUUUCUCUAAUUUUCUUAAUACCAUCAUCAAUGUUAUAUUUUUUUUUUACAUAAAGACAAUCAGAAAAUCAAUGCAUUUCAAAUUGAAAUGAUUUCUUAUCUGUUAUAAUGAAAUAUGUCUUCUUGUAAUAAUUUUUCACCAAAUAUUCUGUAAAACGAAACUGUCAGUAAUUAGAUUUGUUUCAGAAUUAUAUUUAUUUUUGCAAUAAAUUGAUUCUGCUUGUG